AUGUCACUUGAAAAAACUUUACCAUAUGAAUGUUUUAAUGAACUCACAGAAUUAGAAUUGUUAAAACUUCGAGAGUCUUGUCUUAAUUCUUUAAAAGAAGAAAAAUUGUAUUACAUUAGAAAUGAUGCCAAAAUUCGGGCUAUUCAAUCAACAAGCUCUUAUGAUGAAUUUAAGGAUAUAGUUGAUGGAGCUCAUUUAAAGCCACUAAGUAAAUUUGAUAAAAACAAUGCUAGCACUAAAAACCGGCUUUGGAAUUCUGCAGCUCCAGAAAAAUAA